UCGGUCGUCGCUGAGUUGGCUGACGGACCCGAUUAGACCCGAGUCGAGUUUGGUUCUCUUGUUGUCGGUCUCUGUCCGGGUUUGUGGGCUGAUGGAUGUCCGUGCCGGGCCGUGCCGGGCCGUGCUGGUCUUCCUGGGCCUGCUGGUUAGUCUGGUCCCCCCUGGGCUCUCCUGGGACGCGGAUCUGGAGCUGCUGGACCUGGUCGAGGAGAUCCCGCAGACGUUUUACCAGUUCCUGUCCGUGGACCAGGAUGCUACCUCAGUAGAGAUAAAGAAGGCGUAUCGUCGGCUGUCUCUCUCUCUGCAUCCUGAUAAAAACAAAGAUGAAGACGCUGAAAAUCAGUUCAGACAGCUGGUGGCCAUUUAUGAAGUCCUGAAGGACGACGAGAGACGACGCAGUUAUGAUGACAUCCUGGUGAACGGGCUUCCUGAUUGGAGGCAGCCGGUCUUUUACUACAGACGAGUAAGGAAGAUGAGUAACGCUGAGCUGGGCUUCCUCCUCUUUCUCAUCCUUACUGUUGGACACUAUGCCGUCAUCUGGUCCAUUUACCUGGAGAAACAGCUGGACGAGCUGCUGAGUAAGAAAAAGAAAGAGAAAAAGAAGAAGAUGAGCUCCAAACCUGCAGAGGACCUCAGAGAUCAGGACCGACCUCACUGGCAGGACAUCCUUCCUCUGAAGCUCAGCAUCUGGCUUUACCUGUCCAUCAAAAACCUGCCCCAGACUGUCCAGGAGGUGAAACAGUACUAUGAGGACUACCAGCAGAUGAAGCAGCAGCAGAGAGAAGAAGCUGAAGCUGAACAGGAAGUUGUUAUCAGAGAGAAGAGGCCAAAGGUGAAGAAGCCUAAGGUGGAGUUUCCUGUGUACGAGCCGUCAGAGGAGAACAUUCAGAGUUACUAUCAGACAUCGUCCAUCGAGGAGAUCGAGGACCAGAUGGACGACUGGCUGCAGGAGCGCAGAGCAGGAAAGAAGAAGGCUACAGACUGGACAGAGGACGAGCUCAGCCUCCUAAGCAGGUUGAUGGUCAAAUUUCCUGGAGGAACUCCUGGUCGCUGGGAGAAGAUUGCUCAAGACCUGGGCCGAUCAGUGACUGACGUAACGACUAAAGUCAAACAGGCCAAGGACAACGUAAGCCACAACUCAGGUCUGGUGAAGCUUUCAGAGCUGAAGGGACCUCUGCUUCCUGUGAGGUCACUUCCUGUGGCUGACAGUGCAAUGACUCAGCGAGACGGUGGAGCCUUUAAUGAGGGGCAGGAGGUCGAGGAGGAGGAGGAGGAGGAGGAUGAUGAUCAAGGAUCGGGGGUCAGGAGGAGGACUAAGAAGUCAGCAGAUGUCGGAGACACGAAGGUCAGAGGUCGUCGUCAGAGAGAUUUUGACCCGGGAGCAGCGUUGGAGGAGGAGCAGGCUGGGCUUCAGGAGAAUAAGGAGAAGGCUGAUCCUGCCGUCUGGACUCAGAACCAACAGAAGCUGCUGGAACUUGCCCUGCAACAGUUCCCCCGAGGAACCACAGAACGUUGGGACCGCAUUGCCAAAGGGGUCCCAGGAAAGACCAAGGAGGAGUGUAUGGUUCGUUAUAAGAUGUUGGCCGAGCUCGUUCAGAAGAGGAAACAGGCCAAAAGCUGAUAAAGUGUCCAGGUGAAUCAUGUGACCUGUCAGCACUCUUUUAUUUUCUGUCCAGGUGAGCUGCCUUCUGAUUGGACUCAAUUACACUUAGUAUUUUUUUAUCAGUGUGACAUGCUGUCUCACCUGCUCAGGUGUGUUUUUAUAACUUGUGUCAAAGGAAGCAGGUAACAAGUCUGAACCCACCUGAUGUGUGACCUCACAACUUCAUGUGCCUUAGCUCCACCCAGCAUGCUGUCAAUCCACUUCUGUUCAACGUAUCAAUAAAAGUAUUUAUUAUCUCC